AAAUAACUAGUUCAAUAUUCAAAUUGGAGCUGGCUCGAUAUUAAGCGUGGACGAAGUGUUGUAUUUCUGGAAAAUACAAAUUGUUAUUAUUUUUCUCUCCCCCUUUUCUGAGCUCACAUGGUUUCUCCCUCCCAGAAGCCUUCAGUCUGUAACAACAUGGCGGCGCCCGGUUGGCACGUAGGGCAUUACAUCCAGAGAAACAGCCGGUUUUUGCUUAAUAACUUCGAGCAGUUAUGGAGUCACAGGGGUUUUGGUUGGACUGCAGCCCUGCGACAACAAGUUGCAGAAGCUAAUAAAGAAUCGACAGAGACUAUUGUCAUCCCCAGGAAGAAAACAUGGAGCAAAGAGGCCGUGCUGGAGGCUCUGGCUUCAACUGUCAGCAGGGAUCCUACAGCAUAUCCCUACCAGUUCCAGGAUGAUCCUUACCUCUCUCCCAGGACCUCUGCUGAGUUUAAGCUGUACUCUCUCUCUCAGGAGUCUGGCAUGUCUGCAGCCAAAUACUUUGUCAACAGCAAUCCCAAGUUCUUCACCAAAGACUUUGCAGAACCACAUAUACCAGUAAGAAACACACACACAUACUGUUGUGGGAAUACGCAGAGCCAACUGGAGACUAUAUUAUCACAGGUGCAGGAGGG